AUGUUAAUAGGAAGGAGUACUUGUGUCGUUCUACAAGUUAUAGUGCUUGUUUAUGGGAAUGUUAGUGUUAACGAUCAGGAUAGAGAUAAAAGAAACAUUGGAACAGUUUUAAGAAAUGUCGCAGAUAUUUUUGGAUAUGAUGUUCAGAAAAGACCAACAGUAAUUCCACCCCCUCCACCAACAACUGCUCCUCCACCCCCACCGCCUCCUCCACCUCCAAAACCACCCGCAAGACCUCCUCCUCCUCCUCCAUCAAGAAGGCCGCCUCCUCCACCACCAGUUAUAACUCCUCCUCCAUUACUUACCGAUAGUGUAAGAAAAACUUUCAAUCUUAAUUUUAAUUGGAAUAGAAGUGUACAGCCUCCUUCACCCCCUGCUCCUCCAGCGCCACCUCAACAACCUCCUUCGCCGCCUCCACCUCCUCAAAACCCACCCCCGCCACCUCCACCCCCUCAAAAACCACGCCCGCCACCUCCACCCCCUCAAAACCCACCCCCGCCACCUCCACCCCCUCAAAAACCACGACCUCCAAAACCAGCACCUCCCCCAUCUUCCAAAAUACCUCAAAACUACCGAGACUACGAAGAAGAAGAGGAGGAAGAUGAAAAAGAAAGGUACCAAAACGAAGAGGAGGAAGAGAAUGACAGACCUGAAAGAAUCCAGUUAAAUUUUCCUGAUUUCUCCAACGAGGAAGAAAGUGAUAGAAGAAGAGAUGUCAACAUCCAAUUGCUAGAUGCAGCCCACAACAAGAAAAAGUUUAAGAAAGAAUUUGAUAAUUUUUGGGAAAACUCGCCCUUUACUGUGAAUAAUGGUUACAAAUUUAUUGCACCUCCCGUUGAUACGGAAAGAGGUAACUUUGAUCCUUUAAGUGACUACUCCGACCCCACGCAUAACUCAGUACGAAGUUCCCGGCAAUACAACGAAAAUCAAAAUACUUUUUACUCUGAAGAGCAACCAGAAACUGUAAACGAUCAUAUUCUUGAUUAUUACGGUACGAAAUUCGCAAAUGAUGCGGAAUACAAACAAAAAUUGAUCCAACCUCAGUAUUAUGAUCCAUAUUACAAUUCCUAUGUGCAACCUUCGCAUAUUAAUUUACAAGAGUAUACAGAACAAUACGAAGAAGUCACCACCAUUCAGCCUAGUCAACCCUUGGCGAUAAAUGUCCCUGAUUAUUCUUCAAACAGUGAAGAACUAAACCAACCACAAAACGAACCUUAUCAUCCUUUGGGCAGUGAAGAAACAACCAACGAAGAACAAAGAGCACCGAAUCAAAAACCCCUGGAAAAUAUUUACGUUAUUAACGAUUAUAACGAAGAAGAUGACAUUGCCACAGUAACCAAAGUACCUAGUGAAAAUGAUCCAGUUGAAAACCAAAAAUCCCCAGAAAGCAUACAUAAAUAUUACGACGACGUUAAGCAACAUUACAAUUACAAUAACCCUUACUUAGCCUAUCCUAAUUACCAUGAUAACUACGAAAAAAGUCCAGAAAAUCCUUAUAAACAAGAACAAGCAUUGAGAGAAGAAGUAACAAGGAAUGAAGACAAAGAAAUACAAUCAAAUCAAGAAAACUAUGAUGAGGAUGAAAAAAGACAAAAUUUGAAAAAUGAAGAUAAUAAAUUUGAAAAACAUGUUGAAUUUAAUAAUCCCGAUGAAAAUUUUGCUGUAGAAAAUGUUGAAAAUAAAGAAAAUUAUCACAAAUCCAGCGAGAAACAAAUUGAAAAUAAUGAAGAGGGAGAUGAAGUUUAUGCUAAAGAAAAUAUUCAAGACGCGUUGGAAAGAGGACAGUACAAAGAUAAAGAACAAGAUUUGGAAAAUGAAGAUUUAAAGGAAAAUGAAGAUGAGGGUAGUAAUGAUGAGAAAAAAGAAGAUGUAAAGGAAUCUAAAGAUGACAAAGAAGAAAGUGAAGAUUUGGAAAAUGAAAAUGUAAAAGAAGAAGAAGAAGAAGAAUAUAUGGACGAAAAUAAAACACAAGAAGAAUAUAAUAAAAAACAACGUGAUGAAUUUAAGGAAAAUUUAAAAGAAUUGGACAAAUUUAUUGAUGAUCACUUUCAAAGCAAUAUAAAAAAUAAUAAAGAUAAUCAUAAACAAGGCAAGUUUAAAAUAACUAAUGGCCCUGAAAAUCUUAGAGAGGAAAGUAAAAGACAAUCAGAAUACACUAAAGAUUGCAACGAGAAAGUAAGUGAGAAACCUAGGUAUAAAUCAAGUAAAUAUGGUGGACAUAAAAAGUUGGAGAAAAAACCGUCAGUUUUGCAAGUAAUUGAAAAAUAUCAAAAACCAAGAAAGCCCCAUACGACCACACGAAGACCAAAACAAAAAUAUGAAGCAACUAGAAGCGAAGAGGUGAUAGUAGCCCCGUUAUUCUCCGGUGUUUUAAAUUUUGGGGCUCUUAACGAAAUGGCCAAGCCAAGCAAAUUUUCCAUACCCAUUGAAAUGGACUACAGUGGUUCCCAGAAGAAUUUGGUUAAGUCCAAGUUAAAAAGUAAAUUUGUCCCAUACACCAAAAGUGGAAUUGUCAGGGGAAAACGCAAUGUAAGCUGGUAUGUUCCAGAUAGGUAUUCAUCAGAUGCUGAAUAUAAAUUCCCAGAAGUAAAAGAACCAGAUUAUGCUAAAUUGGAAGCGAAAGACUAUGCAGAAGAUAAAGAUGAAAAAUUGUCGCCCAACGCAAGAAUCUUUAACAAACAUUCCGGAUCCAAAAAAACAAUAAUACGAGUCAAUAAACACAUUACGCAAUCAUAUUAA